AUGGCGUCUAAAGAUCGGAACGUUGAGGAGCGUCAGGUUGACUCUGGUGUCCGACAGUCUCUUCACGACUCGAUUGACGAAAAGGCCAAUGCCAUGCAUACUGAAACCUUUCAUGAAGCUGCUGAGCGAGGUCAUACUGCCACCGACAAGUACGGUCAUUCCCUCGUCGCCUUCGACCCCAAGGCCGAAUCCAGACUGCGCUGGAAGAUCGACCUGUAUGUUAUCCCGACCGUCUCUCUUCUUUACCUGUUUUGUUUCAUUGAUCGAGCAAAUAUCGGAAAUGCCAAACUCGCCGGUUUCGAGAAAGACCUCAAUUUGACCGGUUACGACUACAAUACCGUUCUGACCUUCUUUUACAUCAGCUACAUUAUCUUCGAACUGCCUUCCAAUAUGGCGUGCAAAUAUUUUGGGCCUGGCUGGUUUAUCCCGGCCAUCUCUUUGGGUUUUGGGAUUUGCUCGAUCUGCACCGCUUUUGUCCACGAUUUUUCGGCGGCCGCGGGUGUGCGUUUCCUUCUCGGUAUGUUUGAGGCUGGCAUGCUUCCUGGCAUCGCCUACUACAUGUCCAGAUGGUAUAGACGAAGCGAACUGGCAUUUCGACUCUCGCUCUACAUCGUCAUGGCCCCCCUCGCGGGCGCCUUUGGAGGUCUGCUCGCGUCUGCAAUUCUCUCUCUUGACCAUUUCGGAGGUCUUCAUGACUGGCGUAUGAUCUUCGCCAUCGAAGGCAUCAUCACCUGUGGUCUCUCUCUCAUUUCCUUCGUCACGUUGACCGACCGACCCGUCACGGCGAGAUGGCUGAGCCAGGAGGAAAAGGACCUCGCCAUCGCUCGUGUGAAGUCCGAGCGUGUUGGAACCACCGAAGUGCUCGAUAAACUGGACACCCCCAAGAUCCUCCGCGGGGUCUUCAGCCCCGUCACCCUCGCGACAUCCUUCAUCUUCCUCCUCAACAACAUCACCGUCCAGGGUCUUGCAUUCUUCCUCCCCACCAUCGUCAAGACCAUCUACCCGGAAAACUCCGUCGUCUCACAACAACUACACACCGUGCCGCCCUACGUCGUCGGCGCUUUCUUCGUCAUCCUCUUCCCCUGGCUCUCCUGGCGUUACGAUCGACGCAACAUCUUCUUCAUCCUCUCCGCCCCGCUCUUGAUGUGCGGCUACAUCAUGUUCCUCGCCAGCACGGACUCGCACGUCCGCUACGGCGCGACCUUCCUCAUCGCCGCCGGGGCCUUUCCCUACGGCUCUCUCUGCAACGCCCAAGUAUCCGCCAACGUGGUCUCCGAUACCGCUCGCUCCGCCGCCAUCGGCACAGACGUCAUGUUCGGCAAUGUCGGCGGCUUGGUCUCGACUUGGUCGUUCCUCCCCUUCGACGGGCCCAACUAUCAUAUCGGCAACGGACUGAAUCUAGCCACCUCGUCGACGAUUUUGAUCUGUUCGAUCUUGCUGCUCUUCUGGAUGAUUGCCGACAACAAGAGGCGUGACAAGAAGGAUGUCGAUGCCGAGUUGGAUGGCCUUUCGACGAAGCAGGUCCAGGAUCUCGAUUGGCGCCAUCCUGCGUUCAGAUGGAGGCCAUGA